AUCCGACCUAUUUACUACCCGAAUAAUGAUCCACUAUUGCCGGCGAAAUUUGUCCGACCAAUUCAUCCACGAAUUUGACAUCAAGCAAACAAUUAAACGGGCAAUAUGAAUGGUAAUGAAGAGGUACAGACACUACACUUGGAUUGGGAAACCUUGUACAGCAAACCAGCUUUUGUGCAACGGGUGCUAGUAAGUGGACUGAAAAGGACCAAAGAUGACAUCAUAACCAAGAACGUGAAGCCACUUCUCCAAGCAGAAAACUUUGGUGAUAUAGUAAAGAAGGCAGAGGCUGUUAGCGACAGGCUUCAACAGCUUGGCAUUUUCAGUCGGAUCAAAAUUGAGAUUGACACUUGCAAAGGUGCCAAUGCAAACGAUAAUGGUUAUGAUGUGCGUUAUGUCGUGCAAGAGUCUGGACGCUUGAAGAUGGGUUAUUACACCAUGGUGGGACAGAAUGAUGGUAGUCUGGAGUUCAACUUUCGGUCCCCCAACGUCCUUGGGCGUGCUGAGGAGGUGAAGCUGGACUACAUAUAUGGGACAAAACACACCCGGGGCUUCGGGUUGAGUCUCAAGAAGCCCUUGAAUGGAAACCCAGAUACCUGGUUUGGUGCCCGGGCCUACAGAGAACAGGGUGACUACCCCUGGAGUGGUUACAAGGAGACUGACCAUGGUGCGGGCCUUGACCUGUCGUUUCUGUCAUUGCUUGGCAACCACAACCUGCGUUGGGAGGGUGUUUGGCGUGACUUGAGGUGUCUCUCCAACUUGUCAUCGUUCAGGGUCCGCGAGCAGGCUGGACACAGUCUGAAGUCAAGCCUUAUUCACACGUAUGUCAGAGACACUAGAGAUGACAUGGUUCUACCCACUAGAGGAACAUUGCUUAAAAUGACACAGGAAUAUGCUGGCAUUGGAGGAAACGCAAACUUUUUUAAACAUGGAGUGGAGUUUCAGGCCAAUCAAGCUCUGCCAUUGAGUUCUGUGGUGCAGGUAUGUCUGGCUGGGGGCAUUGUGAGACCCCUGAGGGACACGACAGUCAACAUCACUGAUCGCUACUUCCUAGGGGGACCCCUAACUCUCAGAGGAUUCAACAAGAAUGGCAUUGGUCCCCAUAGCGAUGGCAAUGCUCUUGGUGGUGAUGUGUACUGUAUGGGAGGGCUUCAUCUGUACACACCCCUUCCGUUCCGGCCUGGUUCCGGGGGCUUUGGGGAGCUCUUCAGGUCCCACUUCUUUGUGAACGCAGGAAACUGUGGCAACGUAGAGAAUUUCAGUCUGGAUCAGGUUAAUAAAGAGAAUUGGAAGGCAUUUCAGAACUCUCUUCGGCUGUCCUAUGGGUUAGGAGUUGUACUGAGGCUUGGCAGUUUGGCCAGGCUAGAACUCAACUAUGUGUUGCCUGUGUGGAAACAGGCAGGUGACAGUGCAAGUCCUGGUGUGCAGCUAGGUGUUGGGAUAAGCUUCUUGUGAUAAUCCAUGGUCAAGAGGCGAUACAUGUGACUGAAUAUGACCUGCUUCAUGUCAAAAUGGGUUUUAUGCCAUAUGAAGCCAGCAUAGGUCCAGACCAGCCUGUGUAAUUGUACCUUAAUUGUUUGCUUACCUUAUACUGAACUGAACUUAACUUACGUUUAAUAUUUAUAAAAUAUAUUAUAUCAUUUAAGACUAACAGCAACUUCAUUAUGUCAUGUGUAAUUAGCAUGUGCAGUCCACACAGACUGACCACAGAUGGCCUUAAAGUCUCUUCCAAAGGAAUAUCCAGUCUAGUUAAGUCUCUUCCAAAGCAAUAUUCAGUCUAGGUGGUCCUUGACUAGCCUGUGGAGUCUUGAGGCAAAUAUGGAACUACUCUUCAAACAAAUGCAUUCAAACAUGGGAUCAUAUUUCAGCACAGCCUUAAACUAUAGCGUAGACAUUAAUGUGUACUGUAUGUCUGUGCCCCAGUGAUCGAGAGAAUGUGACACUGUGUACCUGAUGUGUCAGCAGCUACAUAUUGUUAUUUGUUGUUAAAAUCUAUUGAAAAUGAGCAACGUGUAUAUAAUUAAACAUAUAAUGAUCAAUUAAACGAAUAAAAAGCUAACACUUUAUAAA